GUCAUUUGUCAUUCUUCAGCCGUCAUUCGCAGUUGCUUUUAGUUGCUAUUAAAUUAUAAUUAGAGGCUAGAGAUCGUUUAUAACAAUGCCGAUUUGUUCAGCGUAUGGAUGUUCAGAAAGCGAUAGAAGUAAAACCAGCCUACACUUUUAUAGAUUUCCAACCCGUGAAAAAUCUCCUAGUAGAUAUAAAGUUUGGGUUGAAUUUUGCAAACGAAAAUAUUUCACUCCUACAAGAAAUUCACGAUUAUGUUCAAAACAUUUUAAAUUUGAAGAUUUUAAUCAAUCGGAUAUCAUGAAAAAUAAACUGAUGCCAGAUUUAAAAGUUAGAAUAAAUUUAAAUCCCAACGUUGUCCCUACUAUUAGAAGUAGUACAACAGAUAAUACAUUGACACUUAGUGAACGUAAUAAAAGGGCAGAUCGUAGAGAAUUUAGUCAGUUCACAUCAGAAUUAUUAACUACAAGUACUCCGAAAAAAGUAAAAGUAAUUCAAAGCAACGCGGAUUUCAGUUUAGAACCCAAUGACUGUAGUUUACAAUCAGAAUUUUCUGAAGAACGAGUCAAUCACAAUGAUAUAGGUGUACAGUGUGAUAUAGGGCUAGAAACUUAUCAAAAAGUAGAAAAGAACGAUAAUUUGUCAUUUGAUAUACCGUCCGAAUCCGAAGAUGAAAGUUCUAAUUCUGAGAUUGACUCUGAUGAUGAUAGCCAAUAUGAAUAUAAUCGACAUUACAAAAACAAUUUAUCUACGCAAAAUGAUUUUGAUGAUAAUCGUUGUUUCAUUGUAUUUUGGGAAAAUUUAUCCCAACUUUUCGAAUAUUGUCGUCAAUGUGGUAGUAUGGUUUGUUCUCGACAACAUUUUACACAAGGUGCACUGGUCUCAAUUAUAACUAUAUGUGAACAGGGCCAUAAAUUGCAAUGGUGUUCACAGCCAAAAACAGGUAAGAGACCAGAAGGAAACAUUUUGAUUACUGCGGCUUUAGUACUAUCUGGUAUUCUAUUUUCUCAAUUUAAAGUAUUUUGCUCCGCAUUGAAACUUUCAAUUUUUACUCGUCCAGUUUAUGACAAAAUUAUAAAUAAAUACUUAUUUCCUGUAAUAUGCCGCCAAUGGGAAGAACACAGAAAAAAAAACAUCGACGCUAUAAAGUUAUCAUCAAUUUGGCUAGCUGGGGAUGGCCAAUAUGACUCACCGGGUUUUUGUGCUAAGUACUGUACUUAUUCAGUUAUGGAUAUCAACACGGGAAAAAUCAUAGAUUUUAAAUUAGUUCAAAAGGGCCAAUUUAAAGGGGAUUUAGAAAGGCAAGCCUGUGAACAAUUACUAAUGGAUUUAACUAAUAGUAGUAAUUGUAAAAUCGAGUUGUUUUUAACAGAUAGACAUAAAGGUAUACGUGCAUUUAUCCGUACACAGCAUCCAAAUAUUAAACAUGAAUUCGAUAUUUGGCAUUUAAGUAAGAGUUUAAUGAAAAGAUUAAAACCACUCGAAAAGAAAUAUCCUGAUGCUUUUUUAUGGAAAUCGUCAAUUAACAAUCAUCUUUGGUGGUCAGCACAGACAUGUGAAGGAGAUGAAGAAAAACUCAUUGAUAAAUUUACAUCUAUAUUAAAACACAUAUCAAAUGAGCAUGAGUGGGAAGAUAAUGGUGUAAAAAAGAGAUGCGAGCAUGAAAAAUUAAAUGAAAAUGAAAUACGAAAUAAACUGUGGAUAGACCCAGAAAGCGAAUCAUAUUACGCUUUGAAAAAAAUUAUCAUGGCAAAAGACUUUUUAAAGGAUUUGACACAUGCUACUCAUUUUGUACAUACUGGUAGAUUAGAGUCGUAUCACAAUUUACGAUUAAAAUAUAUGCCAAAACGUAUUCACUUAAAAUACAAAGGUAUGUAUAUGAGAAGUAUCAUUGCUAUACUAGAUCAUAAUAACAAUGUAAAUAAAAAGGAAGUCGGAGAGAAAAUAGUAUUUUCCAAACCAGCCAGUAGAUAUGUCAUAAAAAAAAAAUAUGAAUUAAAUAAAACUGAUGAGUGGUGCAAAAAUAUUAUGCAAGAAGUCCAUGUUCAUAUGAAAGAAAAUAAUUCAAUAUCAGAAAAAUUCAGAGUAGUAGUUUUCAUUUUAAAUAAGUGUUUAUAA